UACAGAUCUCAUCGCUGCAACAGGUCCAAAAAUCCAAACCUUAGUAGAAGAAGAAAACCUUCAGCCUGAGCAGCAGGUUACUCCAACUUAGUAUCCAAAUCUCUUGAAAAAAAGUAUGGAACAUCAAGGAUUAAGCACCACUAUGAGGAGAAUCCUCCUGCUGAUUAACUGUUUAAUACUCGCGAUUGGUAUCUGCGGCGGCCCUCUAAUGAUGCGUUUAUAUUAUGUCGAGGGAGGUUCAAGAGUAUGGUUUAGUAGUUGGUUACAAACGGCUGGAUGGCCAUUCACCUUUAUACCUCUUGCCAUCCUAUACUUCAAUCGUCGAAAAACCGAAGGCAUCAAUGCCAAGUACUACUUGAUAACACCCCGAAUUUUCAUCGCAUCUUUCAUCAUUGGCUUUGUAACUGGUCUUGAUGAUUUUCUUUAUUCGUGGGGCGGGUCAAAACUUCCCGUAUCAACCUCUUCACUUCUCCUUGCUGCUCAACUUGCCUUCACUGCAAUAGGUGCUUUCUUCAUAGUGAAGCUAAAGUUCACACCAUACUCUAUCAAUGCAGUAGUUCUGCUGACACUUGGUGCUGUUUUAUUAGGUGUUCGAUCUAAUGGUGAUCGGCCAGAGGGUGUGACAAGUAAAGCCUAUAUUAUUGGUUUUAUGAUGACACUUCUGGCAGCAGCUUUAUAUGGAGUCAUUUUGCCUUGUAUUGAGUUGAUUUACUUGAAGGCAAAGCAAGCUAUUACUGCUACGUUAGUUUUGGAGAUUCAAAUGGUCAUGUGUUUUGCUGCUACUGCUUUUUGCACGGUAGGAAUGAUCGCCAAUAAUGACUUUCAGGCAAUAUCAAGGGAGGCAAAACAAUUUAACCUUGGAGAAGCUAGAUAUUAUACGGUGGUAGUAUGGACUACUAUUAUUUGGCAGUGUUUCUUUGUGGGUGUCAUUGGAGUCAUUUACUGCUCUUCCUCUUUAAUGUCUGGGGUUAUGAUCGCAGUUUUACUUCCUGUUACUGAGGUAUUAGCUGUAGUUUUCUUUAGGGAAAAUUUUUCGGGUGAAAAGGGCCUUGCGCUUUUCCUUUCUCUUUGGGGCUUCGUCUCAUACUUUUAUGGAGAGUUCAGACAAACAAAGAAGCAGAAGAACAAAAGUCCAAAAACUGAGAUGGCAACAACGCACAUUGAGUCUGUUUGAUUUACUAUUCAUAGUUAUAUAUUUAAGGAGUUUUUAUUUUUUUUAUAGAAAAUAAUGUACGUCUUUUCCUUUCAUUGCAUCUUUCAUUAUAUGUGUAUAGAAGGGUUUCUUUUUUUGA